UUCAGUAGUUAGUUUUGGCUGUUAACUGAAAUGUUCUCUUUUAAAAACUGGAUAACAAGAUUUUGUGUUUUAUAUUUUAUGUUACUUGACCGUUGAGAUCAUCUCCGUCAAUACCCACGUAGUGUAGUGUGUAAGGGUCCAAGAUGGCAACAAUGCCCCUUCUUUUUCUCCUCACGGCUUGUUCUGUGGUAUUGGCUGCUGGCAGCCCAGUUCAUAAAUCCAACAAUGGCACCUUGCCCUUGGUGCUGUGGCAUGGGAUGGGUGACAGUUGCUGUAACCCUCUGAGCAUGGGAGCUAUAAAGAAGAUGGUCGAGGUGGAGAUUCCUGGGAUUGACGUGGUGUCACUGAUGAUUGGUGAGAAUGUCAUUGAGGACACAGAGAAUGGAUUCUUUCUGGAUGUGAAUAAGCAAGUUUCCAUGGUGUGCAGGCAGCUGGCCCAGGACCCCAAACUAAACGGGGGCUACAAUGCCAUGGGCUUCUCCCAGGGGGGGCAAUUUCUGAGGGCUGUGGCCCAGCGCUGUCCUUCUCCUCCAAUGAAAACCUUGAUCUCAGUAGGCGGACAGCACCAAGGUGUGUAUGGGCUUCCCAAGUGUCCAGGCGAGAGCUCUCAUAUCUGUGACUGGAUACGCAAGGCUCUGAACAAUGGUGCAUAUACUGAAAUGGUCCAAAAACACUUGGUGCAGGCCCAGUACUGGCAUGAUCCGCUUAACAACGACCUGUACAAGAAACACAGUCUCUUCCUGGCUGACAUCAAUCAGGAGAGGGUUGUGAAUGAGACUUAUAAGAAGAAUCUUCAGCUGCUAGGCAAGUUUGUGAUGGUCAAGUUCCUGCAGGACACCGUUGUAGAUCCAGUUGAUACUGAGUGGUUUGGCUUUCUGAAAACUGGCCAGGCCAAAGAGACAGAAACCCUACAGGAGAGCUCUCUCUACAAGGAGGAUCGUCUCGGGCUGGCUGCAAUGGACAAGGUUGGUAAACUGGUCUUUCUGGCCUCUGAGGGAGACCACCUGCAGUUCUCCAGGGAGUGGUUCAAUGCUAAUCUUCUUCCUUACUUACGCUAGAAACGUCUUUGUAAGUUUGAAGGGCAUUUACUUUUAAUCAACAUGGGUUCAAUUAAAUCCAGAAUUUUUAGAAUUUCUCAUGAGUUUCAGCUUUGUGAACUGACUAUAAAAACAUGGCCAUAAUUUACCAUACCAGAUAAGUGAACUCGCACAAUUUCUCUAUAUUGCACUAAUCCUUUGUAGCAUAUCGACCCUGUGCUGAUGCUGUCUUAUGAAGCUGUACAUUUCUAUUUUAGCAGCCAUUUUAUUUGAUUGUUCUACUGUAAACAUGUAGUGCUGUGUACAUGUUAUGUUGUGUAAUGUUCUGAUUAGGUCAAAUGGGUUUGGAAACGGAAUACCAAGAUUGUAUUUUUGAAUAAAGACGGAUGUUCUAACAAACCACAGCC